UGGGUUCUAGGCGAGUUGACUAACACUAAAUUUGCCGUUUUCGCAAUCGAAGUACAAAAAUCAGAGGGCAUACUAUGCGAAGUCGAGGACUGCGUUAGAGAAUCGCUGAAAAUUGAAGGGACAAACCAGACCAGAGAUGCUGCUGAUGGACGCCCUGUUCAACAGCCUUUUGGUGGUCAGCUCCGGCUACGGCCUCUACACCCUCCACCCCCUGGAUACGCCCUACGCCUAUGCGACGGCGGCCUUGAGCCUGGUGCACGGCCUUCUGGGGGUGGUGCGGGCGGCCAGCAACGACGAUGAUGAGUGCAACCGAGUGCGGCUGAUAACGUCGGGGAUAAUGGAGAUUGUGCCGCUGCCGCUGACCAACAUCGAACUCUACCUGAAGUCCAGCAAUCCCAGUUUGGCAAUGGCCCACGGCUGUUUUGUGGUGCCAUUGGUCUAUGACUUGAUGGCCAAGUUGGGCGACAACGAGGACACCUCCACGGAGACUUUGAAGGAACUCACCCUGCUGGGCAAUGUGGUAUCGCUGCUCUUUUUGGGGGUCAAUCAAUCCAAUAAUCUGUACGGUGGAAUGGCGGCCAUCGCCUUUGGAGCCCGCUACGGAUCCGUGAUCCUCGAUUAUUAUUGGGAGGGCCUGGGCACCGACUUCACCCUGCUGGCCCACUCCCUGUUCGUCGUCCUGAUGACCAUGACCCUCUCGGCCAAGUGAGGAUGGAGCCCCCCAAAGAUGCAGCCCAGCCAAGGCCAGCGGUUCGUUGGCCCAGCUCAAUAAACUUGAAAUUAAUGUUGGCAAAUUAAAAUGCAAAAAUAAACAUUAAUUGUUUUGUCACACUCGCAGCACGACCAAAAAAUUAAGUGUCUUCAUCGCCAUGCUUCCCCUUUGCCUCUCUCCACCACGACCUCAAUCAUCCGGAGAUCCAGAGAUCCAGCUGGGGAUAACAUUUUAGCUUCAAUUUACAACGUCAGCGGCGGGGAAACGUUGCCAAAUCGACUGAGCCCC